AUGGAUGAGGGUAAUGAGAUAUCUCACCAGAUAAGUGAUGACAGGAAAAUGUGGACAAUACACAAAAGCUUAACCUUCAAUGGCAUUCUUCACCCCUCCCAUCUUCCUGUUACAAGGAAUGACUCGAGAUUUGUUACCAAGCUGAGUAAAAGGAAAGAUAGUGUUGAUCCGAGUUCGAGCAAUAGCAACAAUCGAUUUCCGAAGUUCACACUCGGAGUUUCGAACACGGUUCUUGCAAGGUCUCUUGUUGGUUUAUUUGGACUUGGAUUCAUUGAUGCUGGGUAUAGUGGGGAUUGGUCGAGGAUUGGAGUGAUUUCAAUGGAUACGAAGUGUAUUUUUAGUUUUUGA